UAAUCGCUUCAUCAGAGAGCUUAUUAAUACGACCCCUUGGCGGGAGUUUCAACGCAGUUUUAAGCUAACCUCCGUUCGAACAACGAGCAACAACAUCACGCGGUCCGGGUUCUCUAUACAAAAGCGGUUCUAACAGUCAACAUGCCUGCCGUUGAACGACAGAUUUCGAAAUACUCGUUACUCAUCACACUCGUGCUAUCCGUUCUGGUGGAUUCGACUUAUGGAUUAAAACUAGCCCGAGCUAUCACCGAUGAAGUCGAGUUCAUCACACCCAGUGGCAUUGGACCUGCGGCGUUUGGUCCACUAGGGCCACGUGGUUUCCGGGGCAUAGAAAUUUUACCUAGACCCGAACCGUCAUGGAAAGCGGGGGCCACGCUGGUAGCAGACAACCCAGAACAGCAGAUAAUGGGUACCAUUUCGUUCCGACAGUGGGCACCGGGUCACAUCGAGACGAGCAUUAACGCGACCGGUUUACCGGUGGGUAAGCAUGCCGUACACGUGCACGCUUUCGGCGACAUGAAGGAGGGCUGCAAAUCAACUGGGCCACACUUCCGGAGCAGUAUCAUCGGUAACAUAGAGGUAAAAGAGGAUGGCAAUGCCAUGAUUGAUUUCCAUAGCCCGUAUAUCAAUCUGUUCGGUUUUGCUGGCAUUGUUGGUCGCUCUAUUGUGGUUCACGAGAAGGCUUCCGAGAUCUACCGAUUCCCGGACCUUUCGAUUAACAAUCCAGUGUCGUUUCAAGGCGAAGAGGACACGGUAGGGGCUAGAAUCGCUUGCGGUAUAAUCACGAUUCUGGACAAUGUGGCGUAAAAUAAGUGCCUGCUAUUGAAAUAAGUAAUGUACUUUAUACUUUACAUACACAAUACAAUGUAGCAAAUGAAUUAUUUAAAAAGAUUUGAUUUAAUUUGAGUAAAA